AUGAGUUAUCACGCAGUCGACUCUCAUGAAGACGCCACGUCAUUUUUUGGGGACUCGCAUCUUACGAAGAGACACAAACAUUUGCUUCUCGCAGGGUGUAUUGUUACCAGUGGUAUCAUCUUAUAUUGUCUAUGUUUCUUGCUACCCCUGAUGUUUAUCCCAAAACCCUGUGAUAUUCAUGAAAUCGCUCAGUUGAAAUCAUUGGACAUCAUUUUAAAUCCCGUGCUGAGUAAAGUAGCGUUACCGUGGACAUCAUUCGAUGAGCUAGACCACGAUUCAGGGCAUGCGGACAUUGAAUAUCUUGAAGAAAUCACAAGCGGGACGAAGAAAGACAGACUUAUUGUCGUGGGGGAUAUUCACGGACAACAGAAAGAGUUACAUAAAUUACUUAAGAAGAUCUCGUUCAACAAGAAAUCUGAUACUCUCCUCGUUUUGGGAGAUUUUAUCUCCAAAGGCCCUCGUUCACUUGAGGUGAUCGACGACCUUAUUGAACUAGGGGCAAAAUGUAUUCUUGGAAAUCACGAGUACUAUGUCUUGCAACGGUACGCAGCUUUUCACGGUUUGACAGCCCCUUCAUUUGAAAGGGGUUUCUUCAAAGGAGACUCAACGAGAAAAUCAAUGUCCCUUGAUACCGAGUCAAAUUUUAAUGAUGACCCCGAGUUCUUACUCGCCAAGAAAUUACAACCUCAACACGUCAAGUACAUAAAUCUGUGCCCUGUAAUGAUGUUAAUGGGCCAUGUACCGCUACACUCAAGCCAUAAUAAUGGAAAAGGCAGGUCAGGACAGGGCUUAGCUGUUCAUGCGGGGUUGCGUUGGGACUUGACACAAAGUUUAGAAGAACAAGAUCCUCUAGGGUGUUUAGAGAUGAGGGCCUAUAUUGGUCCGCAUUUCAACGAGACCACCGAUGAUUCUGGCAAAGAAAACGCCAUUUCAUGGUCGAAAAUCUGGAACUUAAAACACAAAGAGGGCAUUUCGGAAGACGAUUACGUGGUAUACUAUGGGCAUGACGCACACAGAGGUUUGAAUAUAAAGCGAUGGGCCAAGGGAAUGGACACGGGAUGCGCGAAGGGCGGCGCUCUAUCCGCUAUGCUUAUUUGGCAGGAGAAGUCUAUAAAUGGAGGUCUAGUAUAUAAAGAGAACGUUGUGAGCGUGAAAUGUUGA